AUGACAGGCCGCGCUGAAGUCGUCAGCAGCGACGAUGAUGUGCGAAGACCGCUGCUGUCGCGCAGCAACACCAACGACAUAGACCUGGACAUGGCAACUCUCAACACACGGCCUAGCCAUGAGAAAUGGCGGCGCGUGGUUGGUCUGCUAUUGCUAUUCACGACCGUCAUUCUGUGGACCGCCUCUAACUUUAUGGCUUCCCCCUAUCUCGUCACUUACGUUAACACCGCUUGCUUCAUCAUACCGCUCUUGCCCAUCGUCGUGCGACGCCUAUACCUAAGCGGCUCCCUUAAGACGCCGAGAUACGCUGCUGUGCCCCAGGACCACGACGAGGAUGUAUAUACACAAGAGCACACCAGUGAUUCUACAUCACAAAAACAUACGGCCAUCAACGAUGCUCAAGCCGUCGCUCCCCUGUCUCUCGGCGAAACCGCUCGUCUGAGUCUGGAGUUCUGCAUGCUCUGGUUCCUGGCCAACUACUUUGUCGCUGCUUGUCUUGAACACACGACUGUCGCUUCGUCCACCAUUCUUACAUCGACGAGCAGCAUCUUUACUCUACUUCUGGGAUGUGCUGUCGGCGUCGAGAUCUUUACCCUACGCAAGCUGCUCGGUGUUCUCGCUUCCUUGCUUGGAGUCGUUCUCAUCUCCUCUGUUGACCUCUUUGGCAACAACGAUAAUGGCCGUGGCCUGUUCCCUCACAAAUCUGCACGCCAAGUUGCACUAGGCGACGCAAUGGCUUUGCUGUCUGCGGUCUUGUACGGUAUCUAUGCCGUACUCAUGAAGAAACGCAUCGGAGACGAGCGUAGAAUAAGCAUGCCCGUUUUCUUUGGCCUUGUGGGUCUCUUCAAUGUGCUGCUUCUCUGGCCUGGGUUUUUGAUCUUGCACUUUACUGGUGUAGAACCUUUCGAGUUGCCUCCGACUUCGAGGGUCACGACAAUUAUCCUCGUCAACUCAUUCAGCUCUUUGCUCUCUGAUAUUGCAUGGGCAUACGCUGUUCUACUCCNNACUUCACCAAUCGUCGUCACAGUAGGCCUCUCGACCACAAUCCCACUCUCCCUGAUUGGGCAACUCCUCAUCAACAACCAAACCUCGCCUGCAAUCUACUGGCUGGGCGCCUGUGUCGUUGUUUUGUCUUUUGUGUUUGUCAACCACGAAGAAGCUCAAGAUGAGGCUGCUCAAGAUCAACGCAUUCUAGAACAAGCAUCGUCGAGUAGAGAGGUCCUGCAUGAGGACGCAUGA